UGGCGAGCAUUGGUUUCUGGAAAAUGAACACAAAAAAAUAUCUGAAAAUUUCGAUCUAAAAAGCAUAAACGAAUCCAAAUUUCAAGAGGAGAAGAAAAAUCUUCAAGUCCACGACGAAACUUUUCAUCGAUCUUCAAAUUCCAGAAAAAACUCGAUGAAUCUUCAAGCUGUUUCUUGUAGCUUCGGAUUCCUUUCGAGUCCACUUGGUGUCACUCCCAGAACUUCGUUUCGUCGCUUCGUAAUCCGAGCGAAAACGGAACCGUCGGAGAAAUCAGUAGAGAUUAUGAGGAAAUUCUCCGAGCAAUAUGCUCGUCGCUCUGGGACUUACUUCUGUGUUGAUAAAGGAGUUACUUCAGUCGUUAUUAAGGGUUUGGCUGAGCAUAAAGAUUCAUAUGGUGCACCGCUUUGCCCUUGCAGACACUAUGAUGAUAAAGCUGCUGAGGUUGGACAAGGCUUUUGGAAUUGUCCGUGUGUUCCAAUGAGAGAGAGGAAGGAGUGCCAUUGUAUGCUUUUCUUAACUCCUGAUAAUGAUUUCGCUGGAAAAGAUCAGACGAUUACAUCGGAUGAAAUAAAAGAAACUACAGCUAACAUGUGAGAGAGCUGGUUCUUCCAUGUUCAUCACCUCUGUUCUUUAGGUAAAAAAAAAGAGAGAUAUGUCUCGCCCCAAAUGCAGUCUUGUACAUUGAUACCCCGAGCAUCUUCUUCGUUCUUCUGUACAACUCUUUCACUCUUAAGAUAAUAUUCUUUAGUAUGAUCUUUUGUUUGCAAAACGAUUACAAGCUAUAUAAAAGGAUCCAACUUUACACGAAAUCUUCAAUAAGUAAGCUUAAAAGAUCUAAAGGUUUCUCUUUCACAUCUCUCAAAGCCAAAGCUUCCAUAACAGUAUCAAUCCACUUAAAUCAGUAGUUUUCUCAUAACGUAUUUCAUUUGCUUCUUCUUCUUCUUCGGAUCUCAAUCUCCAAGUUUUAUGUUUUUUCAAGCAGUGAUAUGGUCUUUACAGUAACCAUUCUUUGCAACCAUUCUCUCGUGAUGUUCAAUGUUCUAUGUCGCAUUCGCAUGUGCCAAGUAUGAACGGCCUCUAUACUUGCAAGUUGUGGAUUUUGGGCAAGCCAUGCGUGGAUGUCAAAGUAUUCUUCACAUGAAGAGUCGAUUAUUGUUGUAUUCCUCUCUAGUUAUGCUGAUCAGAAGAAACUUGGUUGUACAAUAGUGCUUCGCUAUUUAUCUUCAAUUUGAAUGAAUAAAUUUCCAUCAUAACUAUCGGUUUUGGGCUUUUAAGUUCAAUUUAAG